GUCGUCCAUUGGGGGCAUUGGGGACCAGCUGAUCUGAGUUGACAAUAAAAUGUUCCGGUUCAGAGAAGCCGCUGCUUCUGUAAAAAGUGAUAAAAUAUCGUGCGGCUAUUGCCAAAAAUAAUUAAAACCACCUAGUGAUCGUUUGAUAGCAAUGGAAAAUGAAUUAUGGGCAGCAGAUUAUCAACAGUCUGUGCCGACAAUUUUAGAAAGGACAGAGGAUCAUCAUCUGAACAAUGGCAACACAACAGGAACCCAAAGAGACGAAGGUGAACCCAAUGAAGCCGGCCGAAACGAAUUCGAAAAGUUCAUUAAAAGUGAACCAGCCGAACAUGAUCCUGGUCCAAUCAACAUUACCAUCAGUGAGAAAGCUAAGCAUACAAUACAGGUUAUUCUGGAUCAAAUUAAACCACUGUCCCAAGUGGAGAAGUUCCUUCUCUUUCUAAAAUUGCCAACAGAAGUAACAAAUGCUGUUGACCCAUUCAGGCAGCCUUUGAAUCCUCUAGGGAGCAGAUCAGAAAUCUACAGGACCAUAUCUUGGAUAAAGACCCAUUUAGAGGAAGACCCGGACAUCUCACUACCAAAACAAGAGGUUUACAAUGAAUACCAUAAUUAUUGUGCAAAAAAUGAAAUCAAGCCACUAUCCCAAGCAGAUUUUGGUAAAGUUAUGAAGCAAGUUUAUCCUAGUGUGAGAGCCAGAAGAUUAGGAACAAGAGGAAAUUCAAGAUACUGUUAUGCAGGUUUGAGAAGAUGCAUGAAUUUGAAGUCACCUAUACUUCCAGAUUUAGCAGAAAAACCAAUGUCAACAGAGGCUCCAUUCACACAAUCGAGUUUGAGUUCAGCAGCAUGGUUGAUUGUGAAGGAAUGGUCAGAACAGCAGUUGAAUCAGCAGUUCCCCAAUAUUCAGUCUCUUGCUUACCAUCUUCUUCUCACCCACUCUGUCAGCAUGGGAUCAGAAGCAGCUACAAAAAUUUCUACUGCAAGUGAAUCUUCACUCAAAGGGGAAGAUGUUAAUGGUAAAGGUGGCAAUAAACAUAGGGAAAUGCAAUUACAGCUUCAGAAAAAAAUUCAGCAGAAGAAUGAGAGCAAGGAGAGAAAGAGAAAGAUGCAGUCCCCGAAAUCGGAAGAGAAGACGAGCCCGAAGAAGUGGCGGUCGCAGAGCGUCCCCACCCCUUCAGCCGUAUCUCCGGGGGGCGCCUCCUCCUCCAAUCCCACGGCGGGAGGCGGCUCGACGAGCCUGGGCGAAUGCUCGACGGCCAGCAGCAGCAACAGCGGCACGGCUAGCCCCGCUCAGGGAAAACUAACAGUCUGUGAUAGAUCGCCAGAUUUCAUUACUCAGCUACCAGCGUUACCUGACUUCGAUAGUUUCCAAAGGCCGGCAGCGGCGGAACCCACGGAGGAGCUCGCCACCAGCACUGGACAGGAAGCGGCAGCGGCGGCGCCGACCAAUAAGGUGGCCAUACCGCGACUGCAGCCGCCCCCGGUUGCCGCCUCCGCCCUUGCGGCCCUGCCCGCCUCCCGGCGGCGGCCGCAGCAGCAAGCAAAGUACAAAUCGCUCCGGCCCAGACUGCGACCCCAUUGUGAUAUUGCGUCGUACAACCAGAAACCGCCCCCGGCGCUGGACCAGCCAGCGGCGGCGGUCGACGGACCCAGAUCUCAACGUUUACACUGUUUAGGUAGUAGGAUUAAGGAGAGGAACAGCGAGGAGGAGGAGGAAGAGGAUGACAGGGAGGACGAGGUGCCAGAUUUUCCUUUGACGAGGGAGCGGCUCGAGAGCGUCAGCAGCGUAUCGAAGGAUGCCAUGGACGAGUAUUUGGGUACCAACAACAGCCAACACGAGGAAGAACUCUCCAAAUACUUCAGCAACAACAACAACAUCACCACCGAACCCACUGACACAGAAAACACAUCCAAAAUCUCCACCCUCCGGCUGCUCCUCGAACAAAACAUAGUCGACUGCAAGCCACCCCUGUCCCAGGGGUGCCUUCCCUUCCCGAACACCGUCAAUCAAGCGCCAGUACAAACGGAAACCACCUACAUAACCCCCAUUAUCCAUCGGCACGGUUUGCCCAAUUUGGGCUCAAAUACCAAACGAAGGAUCAGCUUAGAAAUAGGCACCGAAGAGGCGGUGCCGCCCAGUCCGAACACCAGAAGGAAGAACUUCAGUUUCAUGCCGAUCUCGCCGGGACCUCAGAGCCCCAGCGGGAUGCAAUCGAAAUGCUCCAGUACCACAGCAAGUCCUUUCGUGAGUCCCAGGAACACGCCGGUUGUCAGAAUGAAAACAGUUCACCAAAACGCCGGUAUCUUGAAGAACGAACUGAGGAAACCACUGAAGGCAAAACGCGAGAUUAAUCUGACCUUGGAAAUCCCUAGUGAAGAGAAUAACUUCGCUAAUCAACUGUUGCCGAUGUCAGCACCGGUUAGCCCGAUGGCCAGCAGCAAAUCGGUGCUGCAGAAGCUUCUGAACUCCACCAGCAGAGUGUCGUAUAGCCCCGGGUACGCCGCAACGCCUACUGUCCCGCCAGAAGCGUGCCAUUUCUCAGCCUCCAACAUCGAGUCCAACCUAGAAAUGUACCGUUCGCAGUCCGUCCCAGUGCACAACAUGCUGGGACCCAUGGACAAGAUGGUCGUCCCCGAGAUGAGCGACUUCAACGAGAUGGAUUCCAUACCCGAGGCCGAAAGCGACAACGUCAAACGGAUCUUGAGCUCGCUGGACAACAACAACAUCGAUAUCUUCAAUCUGGACAUCAACUCCAGUAAUGCUUGUUUGCAAGAGUUUGGGCUGCAGCUGAUCAACAACAACAACAGCUAUCCGCUGAACAAUAAUGUCGGGUAUCCGAGGACUGUUCGGUCUCAUAGUAUCGGUGAUGAGACUUCUUGGGUGGGGGUGAAGAUGCUGCCGUCUAGGUCAGUACCGAGCACUCCUUUGCCGUACAGCCAGGUGGUCAAGCCUCCGAUGAAAGUCAACUACAACUCCUCCAGGUCUUACCCAUCUACGCCGAUGAAUUCCGAAGAUACGUUCACUUACAACCUGAACGGGGAUUGCCUCCUGAACGGCCAGCCAAUCAGGACGGACUGCGAGAGUAUGGAGAUGAUGCGACCGUUCGAGAUGAACGACAACAAUGUGGACCAACUGGCGAACGACAAGAGUUUCGGCGGAGAGGAGGAUUAUGUGAUGGUAGAGAACGACGCCCAGUUGAUCGGUUCCGUUCUCAUGGACCCGAGUUAUGCCGGUAACAUCGAGUGAGUCGUUGUUUGGAUUGGGUCACUUCAUUUAUUUCGUACUAAUACCAUAUUUCUACAGACUUUCUAUUCGGUGGCGAUUUCAAACAUGGUCACACAUUGAGAAAAGUUGUCUGAAAGCGCCAAAGUAUAUAAAACUCUUGAUUGUUUUUUACACUAACAAGAUGAAUCACCUCCAUGUAAAAUGUUGAAGCCAUAUUUGGCUAACGAAACUCAGCAAAAUCUUGCAGAUUUGUCGAUACUCUCGGAAUCUGCUCGAAUUCAUCUACUUGCGAGUUGCUGAACUAUCUAUAAAUAUCCUUCUUUCUGAAGCACUAAACUCACUAAAAAUGAUGUUCUGACUUUUAAAUAAAAUAUAUUUGAACCGGUGGUGAUGCAACAUUCCUUCUUGCAUAAAAGCAUAUACUGCAUUACCGAUCUUUACCCUUCGCUACUCAACAAAAAGUAGUUUGUUGCUCAAAGACACCUACUGAAAAGAAUUUUCGGCUUCAUUGCUCUCAUUAGAAUGGUUCAUCUUGUUAGUUCGGUAACCAUUUUGAAUAUGGUCACACGUUGAGGAAAGUUGGCUGACAGCGCCAACAUCAAUAAAACUGAGAAUGAAUGCAACAUUGAUGAACUGAAGAGGUGACGUCAGCGUAUACUGACGCCAAUCAACCUAUAUAUUCAAAUGAUUGAAAAAUGAUUAUCUAUAGUACAUUCCAAAUGAGAAGAUAGUGGGUGGCGCUACUUCUGAAGGAAUUUGAAGGAUGGAGAAAUGAAAAGCUGGUGCCUAAUUCAAAAUCAUGACCUUACUGAUGAUUUAGGUACUAGUUACACUCUGAAUUCAGAAUUAUUCUAAGGAGCACUGUACUGUCAAUUGAUAC